UUCCCAUUUUGUUUUCCUCAAAAAAUAAACCGCUGAAUUGAAUCAAUUUUCCCACCAAAAACAAACGCAAAGUUCUUCACUGUCUUCGUUCAUUCACCCAACUUUUCAAUUUCUCCAUUGAAAUCGUUUCCGCCAUGAAAUUCAAGGCCUUCGUCACCGACAACGGCGUCAACCUCCUCGAGAGGCGGUUCCUCCCCGCCCUCGAGAAAACCGGAAAAUCCUGCCACCUCUACCUCACGCGCGACCACGCGCUCUUCCUCCACAACCUCCUCAACGGCGACGGCGUCCACUCCGUCGCGCAGUUCCGCAAGGAGGCGCUCUUCCACGACUACCGCAUCUCCAGCAACAACGACGACCGCAUCGCCUUCGCCGUCGACCUCUCCCUCCUCCUCCGCGCCCUCCGCAGCGCCGUCGCCAUCGCCUCCGAGUACUCCGCCUCCUCCUCCACCGCCACGCGCCUCGAGAUCAAGCUCGUCAAGAAACUCUCCCCGAACUCCACCCAGUCCAUGCCCUUCCUCACGCUCGAAACGCGUGGCUAUAAGUCCGCCGUGAUUCAAGACAUUCCCAUCUCCAAACCCUUGUCGCGGGCGCAGGUUACCGAGCUUCAGAGCGCGCUCGAUUCGGCGCAGAAUCUCCCUCCAACACUCGUUCAGGUGCCUGAUUCGAAUCAAUUGUUGAACUUGGUGGAUCGGAUGAAGCAGGUGGGAGAUGUUGUGAAUGUGUUCAUAAGUAAGCAUGGGGAUUUGAGCGUGCAGGUUUCGACCACACUGAUCAGUCUGGGUGCUGAGUUUCGGAAACUGGCGGUGAUUGGAGAGCAAACAAAUGCCCCUUCUGAAGAUCAAAAUCUCAGUGCUCAGACACGAUCUUCAAGGUCCAUUUCAAGAGGAGAUGGACAAUCUGUGCAAGUGAGUGUGAAGCACUUCGCCAAGAGCCUCCAGUGUCACUUGGCCAGACCAGAUUGUGCUUUCUACGGGAUUGGUCCACAGGGCAGUUGCCUCACAGUCAUAUUUCAGUUCUUCAUUCCAGGCACUCGCGAGACUGAUAAAUCCAUUAGCUUGCAUUGCAGGCUUCCAGUUCUUGAUUCUGGUUCUGGCUAAACACCAACACUCUUCCUGUUAUGUAAGUUCCUUUUUGAUAGCCUCAGAAAUUGAGUUCAGAAAAUGUUAUGUUGUUAGUGUUUAUAAUGACUGCUGUGAUAAGCCUUUUAACUAGAAUAGUGAACUAAUUUCUUGUAUGUAUGACAAAGUUUACAUUAUAUAGUUGUAUAAUGUGACAGAUGUUAUGUUAGGGUACAAUGUUAUCUUAGUUAAUGUGAAUCAUAAGUUAAGGGAGCAAAUUAGGUUAUUGAAAGUGUUCAAUAAUGUGAAAUUGAAAGAGUGCAUCUAGAGAAAUCUACUUUAGGUCUUUGCAUAUUUACAGGUCAUUCCAUAAUCAAUACUUUAGCUCUUUGCAAUUAUACGGGUCAUUCCAUAAUCAGGACUUUAGGUCUUUUUCACUUGGUGAAAUUCAUGUGGGGUUUAUUGUCCUAAUAAUUGUUUUAGCUCCCUAGAGAAGAGUGGAUAUUUCUGUUUACAAUGAUUUGUGUUGAGAAAAUGUCUAGUUGAUUAGUGUUUACAAUGACUGCUGUGAUAAGUUUUUAACGAGAAUAUCGAAUUAAUUUCUUGUAUGUAUGACAAAGUUUACAUUAUAUAGUUGAAUAAUGAAUGCUGUCUUAGUUAUCCUGAUGUGAAGCAUGGAUGAAGAAGGUAAGAGAGCAAAUUAGGUUAUUGAAAAUGUUAUUCUUUUCAAGUCAGUGAUAAUGUGAAAUUAAAACAAAGUGCAAUCUAGAGAAAUCUACUUUUAGGUCUUUGCAUUUAUACAGGUCAAUCCAUAAUCAGGACUUUAGGUUGCCUUCCCUGUAAUUGGGGUACUUUAAGAAUCACUUUAGGCCUUGAUCUGGAUUAUAAAAAUGUAUAACAAUAUUACCAAAUUGAAUGGUGAAAUCAUGAA